AUAUAGGCUCAGAAGAAUAUUUGUGAAGCCCAGUAAAGGGAGGCCUACCAAAGGACAACCGAUGUUCAUUCGGAAAGGGGAAGAGCAGCGAGCCUAGGUUUUCUUUCUCGGUAUUUUACACUUAAAAUUGGGAAUAUAUCCAUCGCCCCCGGCACCAAUUUAUCUUACGCUGCAGUGGUUUCUUCUCAACUUUUUGAUCACCAAGCUUGGAAGGUUGAUAUUUCUUGGUUCACGAGGAGCCAGCAUCCAAAUAGUUUCCUUGUCUCUGGUAAAUCACUAUUGCAAUGCGGGGAUAUGAUACAGAUAAAUAUGAAGAUUUGGAUGAAUAUGAGGAGGAUGGUGAGGAAUACGAGGAAGCGGGCGGUGGAGAGGAGGAGUACGAAGAGGAGGAAACCCACCAGCCCACACAGGAGUCAUUGGAAUAUCUUGAACUGAGGCAAAGGUUAAAAGAGGCAUACAGAAAGAAGAUGAAGAAGGAAUCAGGGACUGCUAAUCCUAGUUCCCGCGACCAAAGUAGUGCAGUGCGCAAGGACAACUAUGGUUCGUUCUUUGGGCCUUCGCAGCCAGUUAUUGCCCCGAGAGUGAUUCAAGAAAGCAAAUCCUUGUUGGAGAACCCAAUUUUGGCAGCAAGGGUUUCUAAAUCCAACCAUUCCAUGCGGGCCAAUAAGAGCUCUGCUUCAGCCAGCAUGGCGUCAAAACCUGGAGCUGGCCAUCCGCCAAGAGUUACAAAUGGGGCAAAAUCAAAAGUUGAAAUGCUUAAAAAUACAAGGGACUAUUCUUUUUUGCUAUCUGAUGAUGCUGAGGUUCCGGCUCCCUCCAAAAAUCCACUGAGAAAUGGAUCUGCCCCGAGAUCAGAUGUGCGAUCAGCUCAAUUACCACCUAGGAGCAAACAGCCAGUGAAAGAUAAUGGCAAAAAAGCCUUCAGUGGUCAUCCGGAGAGGAAACCAAUGCCUGCAGGUGGCCAACCGAGAUCUAAAGUUGGGUCCGAGAAGUUGGCUCCAUCAAGCAAGUUGUCAAUGGGAAUCAAGCAAAAGCUCGGUAUGAAUAAUGGAAGUGGGCCUGGUCGGCCUGUGGGGAUGGAAGAUGGACCAUCUAGAAAUCCAGCAGCCACCACGGGGAAGAAGGUUACGGCCCCAGUUGCAAAGAGUUCCAUGCCUGGUGAGCUUAAACCAACCCCUUCAUACUUGCAACCUAAGUUGCAAAAAUCAACCCCUUUGCACUCGCAAUCUUCUGUUCAAAAGAAACCAUUGGUACAAAGGAAAGAUUCUCAGGAAACUAUCAAGGCGAAGGUCAUACCGAGACAGCCUAUGUCAUCCUCUAGACCUUUGGUAAAGCCACUACCACCCAAAUCCUCAGCUCGUGGUACUUUGGCUGAGGAACGACCAAAGAGAAAACAUAUGAAUGAUGAUGACGACGAUGAUGUGCAAGCUAUAAGUAUGAUCAGAAAAAUGUUCAGGUAUAAUCCUAACAAGUAUCGGGAUGACGACGAUGACAGUGACAUGGAGGCUAAUUUUGACGAUAUAUUGGCAGAGGAGAGACGCAGUGCACAAAUUGCGAGGAAAGAGGACGAAGAACAACUUCGCCUUAUAGAAGAAGAGGAAAGGAGAGAGCGGAUGCGAUUGGCAAAGAGGCAGCGGAUGCGAUGAUAGAAAGAAAUGCUUCUAUGACAACAGAUUUGGCUGUUGAAUAUCCGCAACGAUUCCUAGAAGUUAGAGCAAAAAAUGAGGGCAGUCCUGCCUUGGUAUUACGAGGUUCAUUCCAUAUGUUAGUGUGAGAAAUGGGGCUUUGGUUAUUUAUCGGUGUUAGGAUAAUUUUUUGCCCCCAGCUUUAGAUUACAUGAUUGAUUGAUUUUUGUGCCCUUCAUUUUGUUUGGGAGUGAAAAUGUAUAAUUAAUGUUCUUCAGUUCCAUUGAAUGUGGGGUUUUCAUCAAUUUUCUUGAUUCUCGAUGCAAUUAUUCUUCCUUGUGAUAUAAUUUAUAGGUUCGGAUUGUAUUAA